UUUUUUUUAUAACGAUAGGCAAGCGUUUGACCACGAUCUCACCUGAUGGUAAGUGAUGAUGCGGUCUACGGUGGAGCACGCUUACCUAUGAGAUACCUAUCGGAUAUGAGAUAUCGGUGUUAUCGUAAAGUUUUAUAACAAUAAUCAAAUUAUAACCUUAAUUGCCAUUUCAUCUGUGUCGAUUACCCGCGAGGGACAUUUUUGUUAUCAAGUAAGUUUAGAUUCGAAAGGUUUUUUAUUCGUUAGCAAACAAGAGUCGUGGUUUUUUUUACCAAGCAAUUUAUUUUAAUUUAAAAUAAACUUUUACAGAAAUGUCCUUUUCUUACAUCACCUUGGUUUUGGCGCUAAUUGCGCUAGUCAAGAGUGAUAGCCCUGUGUCUUUGCAAAGGGAACUUGGCUCUGUAGAUCUCACAUCAGACGUAAACAGAAAUGAUGAACAAGUAUAUCGGUUACCUGAAAGCGUUAUUCCAUUGGAGUAUGAAAUAUUCAUAGAUCUGUAUUUUGCUGAACGCACGGAUAGACCAUUCAGUUUUGACGGCAAAGAAAGUAUAGUUAUUCAGGCUAUUGAAGAUAAUGUUUCUAAUAUUGUAUUACAUGCUAACGUUGACCAAAUAAACGCAAUCAGUGUUUUAAAUUCAAACGGUGCUCCAGUUGCAUUAAACCUAUCUGAACCCUUUACCAUUCAACCACAAUACCACUUCCUCAUAAUUAAUUUAGGUGAAACACUGGUCAAUGGAAGCAGAUAUACUCUCUAUAUUGAGUAUUCUAACACUAUGAAUGUAGGGCCGAUGAAAAGAGGUAUCUGGAGAGGAUACUAUACCGAUGACGACGGCGUUGAAAGAAUCUAUGCCACCACUCACUUUCAACCAUACAAUGCACGGCAAGCCUUUCCCUGCUGGGACGAGCCUCUUUUUAAGGCUACUUUUAAAGUUCAUCUAUCCAGUCCAGCUAAUUAUAAUUCUGUUUUCUCUAAUACUAGAAUCGGAAACACUGAAUCCCUUUCCAAUAACCGCAUACGUACAAAUUUCUUAGAGACCCCUAAAAUGUCAUCGUACCUCGUGACUUUCCUCGUCAGUGAGACUUUCACAGUCAUCGCCGAGGAUACCUCCUUCACUCCCUCUAUCAGAAUUAUCAGCAGAUCUAACACCGUCGGCCUUGGUGACCAUGCCUUGGAUCUGGCUGUUAAGAUGACCACAUUCUUUAAUAACUACUUUGAAAUCCCGUACGAGACUAUGCAUCCCAAUUUGCUUAACGAUCAUAUUUCGUCUCCUGAUUGGGCUUCUGCUGGUACUGAAAAUUGGGGAAUGGUUAGCUACAGAGAGCUAUACCUGACCUUGAACUCCAGUGAAUCAAUCAUGAGUAACGAGCACUACGCAGGUACUCUGGUCUCUCAUGAGCUGGCUCACAAGUGGUUCGGAAACCUGAUCACCUGCUUUUGGUGGAGCAACACUUGGAUCAAUGAGGGCUUCGCCAGCUAUUUUGGUUAUAUUGCUACAAACCAGAUGUUCCCAGAAUAUGAAUACGAGGAUCACUUUAAUUCUCGCUAUCUCCAAAACUCCCUGUCUUUCGAUUCCGGAUCCACUGUCGCCCUUAACCACGAGGUCAACACGCCCGCACAAGUUACUGGUCACUUUGGAACCGUCAGUUACUCCAAAGGCGCAGCUUUUCUCCGAAUGAUCCAUGAUAUGAUCACUCCUGAGACCUUUAGGAAGGCUUGUCGAAUCUUCUUGAGCAGCAAUUCGUUUGAAGCAACCGACCAGUACGACUUAUACAGAGCUUUUGAAGAAGCUAUCCAAGAGGAUGGUACAUUGAGUGAAUAUCAAGAUUUUAACUUUGAAGAGUUCUACCGCAUCUGGGUCAAUGAACCUGGUACUCCUAUUCUGUUGGUUGAGAUUGAUCACGAAACUGGAGCUAUUUCUUUGAAACAAGAGCGAUUUUUCCUGAGUGCAACCGCAACGCCUACUGGUCAAAUUUAUCCGAUUCCUAUAACCUACUCCACCAAGAAUAAUCCAAGAUUUGAAAGUCUUAAACCCAUUCAAAUGAUGUCAGACGCGACUUUGGAAUUGACUAAGGCAGUUGGAGAAGAAUGGGUUAUUUUCAAUAAUCUACAACAUGGACACUACAGAGUAGACUACGAUGAGAAAUCAUGGAGUUUGAUCGCCGAAGCAUUAUUAAAUGAACCUGAAAGCAUUCAUUACUUGAACCGAGCCCAAGUGGUCGAUGACGUGUUUGCUCUGAUGAGGUCCACAAGAAUGAGCUACAGUUUCGGUUUCAACAUUUUGAGGUUCCUUCGCAACGAGCACAACAUGCAUGUUUGGGAUUCCGCCAUUACCGGAUUUACCUGGCUCAGGAACAGGCUAAGGCAUUUGCCCGAGAGCCAAGCGGAAUUUGAUGCGUUUGUACUAGAAACCAUGUCACACCUGAUCGAGCACGUCGGCUACAACGUCCUCAGCACGGACUCGCCCACGGACAUUAUGAACCGCCAAGCCGCUCUGCACUUUGCUUGUUUGCUCGGCCACGAACGAUGUGUGGCGGAGUCAAGGGAACGCUUUGUUAGGCUGAAAGACCAUAAUGUUUGGGUGCAUGGAGGAAUCCGUCGUAACGUGUACGUAGUUGGUGUGCGAGAGGGAGACGAACAAGACUUCAACUUUAUCCUCUCUCGCUUCCGCUCGUCAAAUCUUGCCCAUGACCAGCUCGAGAUGCUGAGGGCUAUGGGUGCUGCCAAGAAUCCAGAAUUACUAACUAGAUACUUGGAGCUGACGUUGACCGAUGAAGUGAGGUCUCACGACAAGGCGAAUUCCUUCAACUACGCUCUUUUAGGCAACAAGGAGAACGCACCCGUAGUCCUAGAAUUUGUGAAGAAUAACAUCGAUGCUAUGAGGAUCGCUUACGUAGAGGAUGCUCCACCCAACCCAGUACACACUUGCCUCUCCAAUUUGGCUGCUUAUCUCGAAGAACCCGAACUAGUUGAGUAUGAAGAAUGGCUGCAAUCAACCCAAGUCGGGACUCUACAGUACAACACCGCUUUAUCUGCCAUUACAUCAGCAAGGAACAAUAUGGCGUGGGGCACCACCAAUGUCGACAACAUCCUAGGCGCCAUCAGAGAUGAUGCCACUAGGGCUGUGACUUCUGUUGCCAUGCUCGCUGUUAUGGCUCUAUUGGCUAUUAUCGCUUAAGGAGUUAUAAAUUCGACUUAUAGCUUCUGGACAGACCUUGAACUUAUAUAUUGGUUAGGGCUGACAUGAAAAUAUUUAACAAUCAGAAUGAGAAAUCUUUUAUGCUAAAUUUCUUUGGAGUAGUCUGUAUGCGAUACAUGGUGAAAUAGUAUUUUAGCCAGUCAUUAUGAUUUUCUUUUAAAUAGCCAAUGAUGUGUGAAAGAACAAUUUGUUUAAGUUAAAUAAAAAUAUAUAGUUUGUUACUAUGGAUUGUAUGUUGGUGGAUAUUUAAGUAGAAUUUCUUUUCACCCAAUUCAAAAAUAAUGGCAUGUGUAUGCUAACGCAUUUCUCAAAUGAAACUCAAUAACGGGAUUUCAACUUUUGCUCAGAAGCUGAGGUGUAAUACUGUACUAUACAAGUUAUGAAUGAAAUUUUAGAUAUAUUAUUAUUAAAACGGACUGUAAUUUUUUUAAAUAAAUUAUGACUUUCUAUAUAAUGAUCAUUUAUUUUCUACGUCACGAUUACGAUAAGGUAAAGACCUUAACUUAUCUAGAUACCCAUAUAAUGUAAACUUAUCAAUAUUUAGACCUAUUUAUCUACCUAAUCCGAUAAUGGUAACAACUUUUAUCAAACUCAAGUCAUUAAUACAUA